GCCGUGCCGGGUCGGAGUCGGUGUCCGUGCUGGGACUGGUAUUGAAGCCAGGGCCCCUGCUGCGACCGGUAUCUGUGCUGGGACUGGUAUCGGAGCCGGUGUCCGUGUUGGUACCGGUAUCUGUGCUGGGGUCGGUACUGGAGUUGGUGUCAGUGUUGGUAACAGUAUCCGUGCUGGGACCGGUGUCCGUUCCGGUGUCCGUGUUGGUUCCGGUGUCGGUGUCUGAGCAGGUGCCAGGAUCGGUGCUGGUGCCGGUGUCCGUGCUGGUGUCCGGUGGCGGGAGCGGCACCAUGGCCGCCGACUCGGAGGUGCUGCACUUCCAGUUCGAGCAGCAGGGCGAUGCCGUGCUGCAGAAGAUGAACCUCCUGCGGCAGCAAAACCUCUUCUGCGAUGUCUCCAUCUACAUCAAUGACACGGAGUUCCAGGGUCACAAGGUGAUCUUUGCCGCCUGCUCUACCUUCAUGCGGGACCAGUUCCUGCUCAACCAGUCCCGGCAGGUGCGGAUCACCAUCCUACAGAGCGCCGAGGUGGGCAGGAAACUCCUGCUGUCCUGCUACACCGGGGCCCUGGAAGUCAAAAAGAAGGAGCUGCUCAAGUACCUCACAGCUGCCAGUUAUCUCCAGAUGGUGCACAUCGUGGAGAAGUGUACUGAGGCUCUGUCAAAAUACCUGGAAAUUGAUGCUUCCAUGGAGAACUGUAAUGAGGCUGUGGAGAGGUGUCAUUCCUCUGACGCUGAGCUGAGAAACAGUGAUGAGGGUUUAGAUAAAGAUUGUGAAAUAAUUGAGAUCUCUGAAGACAGCCCUGUGAACGCAGAGUACCCCGUGAAACAGGAGAAGGGGGACAUCUCACCACCUGCAGGGCCGAGCUUGAUCUCGGAAAGAAAGGACACCAAAACCCCAGAAAUAUCGACAGUAGAAAUUGGGUACAAAGAUGAUGAAAUCUGUAUCUUCAGAAUGGAUUCCAUGAGUGUAGCAAAUGUAGAGAAUGAUCAUUUUCCUCAGACAUGCACUUCCUCUAAAACAAAUAUGUAUUUCCCAGAAACCCAGCACUCCUUGAUAAAUUCUACCGUUGAAAGCAGAAAUACCGAAAUGUCGGGAACUCACUUCCAGGCUUUUGUCGGCGACAAUUCAGAAGGAACUUCAAGUCUGGUGAAUGGGUUCCAGAGCCUGGACGAUUCUGGCAAUUCAUGUCGGCACCAGUGUCCAAAGUGUCCCAGGGGAUUUCUGCAUCUUGAGAACUAUCUCCGACAUCUAAAAAUGCACAAACUCUUCUUGUGUUUGCAGUGCGGCAAAACAUUUACGCAAAAAAAGAACCUCAACAGACACAUCCGGGGGCACAUGGGCAUCCGCCCCUUCCAGUGCAUGGUGUGCCUGAAGACCUUCACAGCCAAGAGCACUCUUCAGGAUCACCUGAACAUACACAGCGGGGACCGGCCCUACAAGUGUCACUGCUGCGACAUGGACUUCAAACACAAGUCUGCUCUUAAAAAGCAUUUAACUUCUGUCCAUGGAAGGAGCAGCAGCGAAAAGCCAAACCUGAGCGCUAUUACAAAAGUUAAAAUAGACUAUGAUUAACUGACGGCUGGUUGUGGAGUCAGGCUCCAUGAAGAGCUCCUGCCUAGUGAAAUUCUAGGUACAGAUCUUCAGAGAGAAGCAGAAUUAUGUGACUGGUGGUCGAAGACAGGCCUUGGAGUAGAAAACGUGCCUGCUGCAUUAAGGUUGCUAUUGCUGUAAGUGCAAAAACGUGUUCACUAGUUGAAUGUAAAGUGCAAAAUGUGGGAAACUAUUUCAUGCUUCUCUUCUAAUAUCCUGGACACGUUCUGACUUCCCAAUCCCCAAUUAUGUUUUGUAGUUCCCUCUUUUAAGGACAGGCACCUCCGAUUUUCAAACUAUUACUGAUACUGCAAUAAGCCGAAGCCUGAGCCAUGAUCUGUAACGGCUCGGGAGAGGGAUGCUUGUAUUUACUCAGCAAGUCAGUCAUUUCUACCCAGUUCAUGUACCCUUUAUGGUGAAAUCAUCUCCUUACUUGCCCAAGCUUUGCUAGAUCUUUCAACAGAAAGAAGGUAGUUUUUUAUACUCCAGUCUGUGAUAAUUAAGGACACGCAACAAACAAAAAAUAAUCAAGGAAGAUUUCAAAUUGCCUCUUGCAAAUAGAGAAUUGGUAAAAGAGGACGAAACAGUAUUCCCUUGAAGUUUAUUUUUAAUUGGAUAGUCUCAUCAGGAGGACUUGCAUUUGGUUUUAUGAAUGUGUUUUGAAUUUUUCUAAAUGUCUUUCUUCUGAUUUUUUUUCUCUCAUCCCUGUGUUUUCCAUCCAUAUUUGACUAAUUCCUAUUAAGUUAGUCCCAUUUGAGUUGUAACAUUUACCUUCAUUUUUUACAGCUCUUAGAUGCGUACACUGAUGUGAAGAAUUAAGCUGUGUGCUGUUAGGUAAUAGCAGUUUCUCUGUUCAUUUUGAGAAACAAUCCUUUAUAUCUUGUUAGGAAUGGCUUAGACAUAGAGGUCCUCUCAUACUCUGAUUCUAUGAUGCAGUAAAACAGUAACUAUCUGUGUUUGCAUAGCUGUAUUUGUACUUUGGCAAAGGUCAUUUCAGUUUCACCACAAGCAUCGACACCUUGUAAUGCAGUCUUUAUCUUGUACCUGUCUUUGACUGGUGUAUGUUCCGUCCAGUUAAUGUGAUACAAAUAAAGGGUCUGUUCAGUUGUUACUGUGAGAUAACAGUACUUACAUUAGAUUCUCUCCAAUUAGCAAAAAGCAGUAGUUCUUAAUCUUGUCUGAAUCACGAAGUUACACCUUCUUUCAGCUGUCAGAGAUGGUGUUUUGAAGUUCUUGCUCCAAGUCCUGAAGUCUGACCUGCGUGCUCCAUAGCUUGUCUGUUUUUUAAAUAGAAGGCAAUAGUUUUUGAUGUCCAUUAAGAGGUUUAAUUUACUUUCCUUCCCUGUGUCUGUGAGUGCACCAGCUAGGGUGAGGUGUGCGCAAUACCUACCAUGCAGUUUCCUGUCCUUAUCUGCAAUCGGCGUGGGCCGCUUUGCCAGUGUUAUCACCAUCUUCAUCUACGGGAGGCCAUAACUGAAGAGUUUUUACAACCUUGUUUCAUGAGGGAUUUUUCUUUAGCUCUUCCUCUGGUGUUAUUUAUGCUUAAAAUACAUACUUGUUGGAUUGCAGCAGUAUUUGCAGGUCCAAGUUCAUCCCAGGCCUCAUGGUGGGCAGUGUAUGUCUGCCUCAAAACCCUGCGGUCUCCAUGCAAGCACUGUGUUCAGAAGCUCAGCAUGCCACUAGUUUCUUCCAGUAACUCACAAAAAUGACAGUUGACUUGUGAAGGACUCUAUUACAGUGUUGGAUCGCUGGAGAGGUGUGCAUGUUGAGCCUGUGUACCAGGGUGUCCCUGUGAAAGACAGAAAUGGCACCCCAGAGUAAGCAGCAGUGUUAACUGUGAGCUAAAA